GCUGGCUACUUCGGCGCACACGCAUACGAGCAACUUCCAACGGACUUACGAACUGCCAGAUUUCAUCGACUCGGACACUAAACUUGGUCUCCGGAACUUGAUAAAAAGCGUUAAGCCACAUGGGCUAGCAUUUCCUGUCUACUUUCCGAAGUUGUCACCAGGCGGCGAAUUCAGUAGAGCAGCUGUCCGCGGCACUGUUAGUGUAAGUGGGCACGCCCAGCGGUUUUUGAACAUCGCGGCUCCUCAACCUUUCUUUUUUUUCUGGCGAUGGAAAAAAGAUAGCUUCUGUGAGGCCCAAGCCCAGUCAUUACAGGAAACGACCAUCAUGCCAGCACGUGCAAGAACCUUCGCCGACUGCACCAUGAAGAAGUGCCGGUACCUGAAGUUGUCGGCUUACACCAUGUGCCUCUGCAGUGGCCUGGUUGUCGCCGUACUCGGAUAUGCCUCUCUGACCCGGCUGAACGUCCUCAGCGUGGAGAGCCAGCGCUGGGGGCUCCAUGGACACCAGCGACACCUUGCGGCGCUGGCCGUCGCCACUGUGGUGCUUGGUUCAGCGUGUGCCUUGGCAGCCGUUCUUGGUUGCGUCGAUGCACUGCUGGCGAGGAGGCCUCAUCUGGCGCUGGACAUCGUUGCAGGCGUUCUCAUUUUGGUUCAAGUCGGAGUUGCUUCUGCAGGCUUCACCUUAAUGAUAUGGGUUAAGAACGACAUUCCACCAGGACGAACAAACUGCAAAGUGAGUCUUUUUGCAUACUCUAGCUACGCAAUUGAAGUCGCCAAGCAUUAUUACACGCCGUACAGUCAAUAG